CUUUUAGAACAAAAUUGACGAGGAAGUAAAACGGAAAUCCAAGCGCCGGUUUCACUGCCCCACUUUCUCAUUAUUCUCAGUGUCACAAUUCAGGAAAACAACCCUGAUUCAAGUUUCCAGCUUUCAUCUCAUUUCAUCAAAAUCCUUAUCAGAUUCAUUAUUCUUAAUAACUUCCUCUCGCCGCGGAUCUGAAUUCACUGCAUCGCAAAUCAUCGUCUCCAAUCGUACCGGGAAAGCUUGCGACGAUCCCCUUCCCGAACAAUGGAUCUUCCCACCACGGCUGCGCCGCUGGUUCGCUCUACCAUGGUUCGGAAGCUAACCUCCGUCUUGUUCGGUUAUCCUCCUUUCUCUUCUUCUGCUGCGUUCUUAAUAUAUAGAAGCUCGAUCUUGUGGUGUUCCGAAUUCCCAUCAUUGUAAUGCUCAACAGCUGGAGGUAGUCGAAGCUUGAAAGCCAGCAUUUCGCUGUUUCAUGUUUCCUUCCAGAUCACAGGACUGUAACAUUGGGGUCGAGCUUUGAUUGACGAGGAAUUUGGAAUCGGAGUUUAUCUCUUAGUUCCAUUUCUCUAGGAUGCAAUUUCUAAUACAGUUUCGGUCUAUAUGCUCCAUUGCAGGAUAAUGUUGAUUGACAUAGAGGUUCCAAGGGAAAUUGGUUCAAAUUGUAGAGGAUUAUAAGGCAAAAAUAAGUUAAGAUCGCAUUCAGGUGGCCUGCAGUGAUGCUGCCGAGUAGAUUCUCUUUGUUCGGUGGCGGCGGGGUUCAAGACAAGGGAAGAAGUUCUUCUGUUGAUGGCAUGAAAAGUGAGCUAGUGCCGACCUUUAAGCUUCAAACUGAUAGAGAUGUAUAUAGGCCUGGUGAUUCCAUUUUUGUUACUAUUGAGAUAAGUAAUCCCUGUGUUGGAGCUGCUCAACAAGGCAUGCCUGCAGCAUCACUCUUAGUUGAAAGGCUUGGGUUCGAAAUUAAGGGGAUAGAGAAGUUGGAUAACCAAUGGUUUGCUACUCCAAAGCCUGUCUCUGGAUCCAGGCAAAGAAGAGGUGAACAUGUUUUCAUGGACUGCUCAACAUCCUCACUAGUUUCCAAUCAUGUCGUAUCCUCUGGUGCUACCAAAACAUAUGUUAUUCGUACAGUUCUUCCAAGCACGAUACCUCCAUCUUACAGAGGUGCCACCAUUCGAUAUAUGUACUAUGUUAAGGGUAUGCUAUCUGCACGAUGGCUGAUACUGGACAAUGGCCACUCCCGGACGGAGUCAAGGAAUGACCUUAUUUUCCUAGAAGCUCGUAAUCCAUUGCAAGUAUGGGUGACCCAAAAAAACAAUGGCUUGACAGUGGAAGAAGGUCCAAGUGAGGGGAUUGUUCCAGCCAAUAUAAUUCAACUCGACGUAUACUGGAGAGAGAUGGAUGGGGAAUCUGAAUGGGCCAGAGCCAAUGACAUAGAAGAUGCACUUGAGGAAGGGUAUGAAAGCUCAAGGGAUGAAGUAUCAUCCGUUUCUUCUUACAAUCCUGGCAGAGAAAGUAUACACAAAACAUUUGGAAGUUCCUUAUCGUUGCAAUCUGCUUCAGCAAGGUCUCCUACUCCGCCACUCCCUCGGCUCUCCGUGGCUGAGGUUCUAUAUGACCCUGCUACAGAUUUAUCAUCUUCCGACAAGAAUUCUGCAGUUGCCUCCCCAAGGUUGCUGCAGAAGACUGCAAAAUCCCAUAUUGAAGAUGAGAAUGCAGGGGUAUCUUCUGCAGCUCCAGCAAAAACUGAUGAACCUGCUCCAUCAGAAGGCUUUAGUCGAGGAAGGUCAUAUAACAUCAGGAUGGAUGACCGUGUCUUGCUCAGAUUUUCCCCAAGGAAUUCUGACUCUACUUACUACUUCAGUGAUAUGAUUGGUGGAACUUUAACCUUUUUCCAUGAAGAAGGAGCGAGGAGAUGCUUGGAGGUUUCAAUAACAUUGGAAACUUCAGAGACUAUAAGUCGGCGAUCUGUUCAUCCUUCUCGUAAAAAUUCACCGACAAUAACGAAGGUUCAGAGUGAUCAUCAUGAGGUUGUUGCAGAUUUGCAGCAGACAAGCUUUCUUUUCUCGAUCCCCAUGGAUGGGCCGAUGUCAUUUUCCACGCCUCGUGUCGCUGUACAAUGGGCUUUACGAUUUGAAUUCUUCACCACCCCGAAGAAUGUUGACUGGAGAAGAUAUGAGCAUCCACUCCUGAUCGAAGGGAGAGACAAGAGUGACUGGGUUCUGCCUAUCAUAGUGCACGCAACUCCUCCAGCGGCUCAAGCAGCCCAUGCCCGGAAUGAGAAGCUGUUUUCUCUGGACCCAUUAUGGGUUCAGACUUGAAUUCAGGUAAUGCGAAAGGUUAGAACUGUCUCGUAUAUUCAAGCGAGCUUCGGGUUAUAAGUUACUGUACUUUGGGGCAACAAUUAGGUGUUCCUGUAGACCAGUCCCCUGGUUGAUUCUCAAGUCAGUAACCUUAAUGUGUUUUUUUUUCCCCGCUGCAGGGUGGUAUCGAUCUUCUGCAAACAUGACCCUCGAGAGCUACAGACAAAUCUUUCAGAUUCAGAUUGUGCAGUCCGGCUACUUACUGCAUUUGUCAUGUGGAAAGUCGCCUUCAAGAAGCCAACGCCAGUCGUCGGUCUGUAUAUCCAGUCCAGGUGAAAAUAGAAUCGGUUGCCCUUAUUAAACUUGAACCAAGAGAAAGUGAGAAAUGUUCAUAUAAUUUUGUAAACGUUAGCAAUGGCAGGAAGGAAGCCAUUCCAUUGGUUGGAUCCUUAGCCAAACAAAGGCUUCCUCUUCGUUUCCUACGUUGUUCUCUUUAUCCAGCUGGGGAAUGUAUUGCAGAUUUACAUAAACAGUUAUCCAGAGCUUCGUGUGCUUCCUUUCGCUUUUCUAUUAGAUGAUUCCUUUUCGAUAUAUACGAUUUUUUUUUUUUUUGUGUAACUAAAAUUCAUAUAAACAAUUGUCAAAUCCUCCCUCGAUUGAUACGUACAAACAAUCCAGAAUCACCAACAAGACAAUUAUUUAUUUUUAAUAAGUGGAGUUUCAGUAAGUCUUCCUUAACCGUAUACCAACCUAUAAAAAAGUAGUAGCUCAUCUGUAAAAAUCAUAAAAUCCACCCAUUAGAACCUCUCGUUUGUCCUACGGACGUUUCACGCUGUGUCAUGCCAUGUAUUAUAGAAAAUUGAAUGGGAAGUAAAUCAAGGACACAAGACACGAAGAUUUACGUCGUGGUUUACUCGGUUUGUUGCGAACGAGACUAAUCCAGUGACAAUGUAGACUCCGAUUUAGUUUUGUUUUUGUGUAUUCUUUCUUCUGCACAAUAGAUGAGCUCCUUUGCCUUCUAUAAGCCGAGCCCUAUUCCCUUAGUCACAUGACUAAGUCAAUCUCCACCCUUGCACCUCAUUAAAAUCCAAUUACUCAUAUUAAUCCAAUUUAAAAAAGGACAAUAUAGUAAUUGUAUAAUUAUUUAAUUUAUUAAUUUAUAUAAUAAACAAAGAUAAAUCAG